UGAGAAUUACUAUCCAUCGGUUAGUUACGUCUUUGGGCUAUUCACGAUCGCUCUCCAGCUGUGAUCAAAACACAAUAUGUCUUUAUUAGAAUUAUCCGACGUGGACUGUCUUCCAUUGACCCUUGAGGAUCUUUACGACAUUGGUUACCUAUCAAUUUUUGAUGGAUACGAUGCAGCGUUGCAUGAUGUCAUUGAUCAACCGUUGCCCGAUUUUAUUGACGAGUGCGAUGACAACGCAAGGGAGAAGAAAGAAGAUAUGACCAAGAAAUGGAAAGCCCCAGUGAAAACAACGAUGAAUAAGAAGCCGAAGACGAUGAUGACGUCAAGCCAGACGGCCAUGAUGUGGAAUGUGACGAUGAAGCCAAAAGCAAAGUCCCGGAUACAGCAAUCCAAGAUGCAACUAACCGAGAAGCAAUUAUGCUUGAUGAAUCAGUCUCUGAUGCAGUAUCCCAUGAUGCAGCGGCCGAUGAUCCGACGUUGCAAUUACCUGAUAUUCUACAACACAUUGUUGGCCAACCGUGGUUUCCCAAAGCAUCUUUGGUUGACGGAUUCACGGCGGAAAAUAUCUUUGAUGAAAUAA